UAUCUGAGUAAUGCACGAUGCACAUGCAGCACUUCACAACAAGACUUCCAGCUUUAACAGGUACAGUAACCAGUCAACAACAAUGACAGCCAACUGGAAUACUAGCCUCUUUGGCUGUUGUGACGACAUAAAAUCUUGCUGCUAUGGUUUCUGGUGUUGCCCUUGCCUCGCCUGUACCGUUGCAGGAAUGUUUGAAGAGAACCGCUGUCUCCCAUUAUGUGACAUCUGCAGCCCCGCUGUGUUAUCAGCCUUUGGGAUACCACUGUUUGUGCCUCCUGCUGCCUUGGGUCUGAGGGUUGGUGUUCGACACAAAUAUGGCAUCCAGGGUUCUAUCUGUAAGGACAUCGCCACUUCCUGUGUCUGUAUGUGGUGCACAUGGUGCCAGUUGCAUCGCGAGUUAAGAAUUCGCAAACACGGCACCCAGGUCGUCAACAUGCAGCCCACACCCACUGGGAAAAAUUGAGAGUUUGUUAUGGCUUCGUGCUGAGGUUGCUCCUCGUUGGUGUGAUCUGUCCUCUAAGAUCAGUUAUGUUUGGUCUCACCAAACUAAUUGAUAUUUGGUUAUGACGGUCAUGCUUUUGACCUUUUUUUCCCCCUCUAAGGAUUUCUGCAGUGAUACACUCAAGACAAGCAUCGUAUGUUUUAUAUAUGCAUGGUUUUCAUUGCCUCUCUGAGCUAGCUCGUGACAUGUAAGUUAAUUAUUUUAAUGCUACAAUAAUAAUGAUCAUGACAAUUGAGAAACAGAUCAAUGACCCUCAAA